AUGCUGCUGUCGAACCUUGACCGGCGUACGUCGCUGUGUGCCGAGGACAUGGGCCGCGUGCUGGCAUGGCCCGACGCCGGAACCAACAGCGGGCGGGCACCGCCCCCCCGCAGCCAAGAUACCCAGGUGCGGAUGGACACACGGCGGCGCGUCGCGCUCGAGCUGUACGAGUCCGAGAAGACGUAUGUACAAGGCCUCGCGACGAUCGACCGCCUGUACUAUGCGCCGCUCUACGAUUGCAUGGGACGCGACGAUGCGAUUGUGCCACGAAGCACGCUGAACCGCAUCUUUUCCAACUUUGUUGAUAUCCUGCAGCUGAGCCGCGAGCUGCUCUUUCGCCUUGAAGAGCGCCUCGGUGACCCCCUUGCUGCGAUGGGCACGUCGGCGCCGCAGGUCGCAGUCGCCGAAUGGGAUCCGUGGUCGGACGUGUUGGGCGACUUGCUCGUGCCGAUCGCGCCCUUCUUCAAGAUGUACACGCUGUUUAUGAAGAACUUUGCGAGCGCCAUGCAGGCGCUCGACGAGGAGCGCCGCAGCAACGACGCGUUUGAUGCGUUCCUGAAGCGCGCCGAGGCGGCCGCAUGCCGCGCCGGCGGCGGCGCCGAGCUCGGCCUGCAGGCGCAGAUGCUCACGCUCGUGCAGCGCGUGCCGCGCUACCGCCUCCUGCUCCAGGAGCUGCUACGCAACACGCCGCCGUGGCACCCCGACCACGAGCCGCUACGCGAAACAUUUCGUGUGGUGGACCACACGGCGCUGUUUAUCAACGAGCAUGUGCGCCAGCAGGAGCUCACGCUGAUUGCGCUUGCGCUGCAGCGUAUGCUCGUCGGCCUCGACGAGGCGCUGGUCGUGCCGGGCCGCCGCCUCCUGCGCCACGGCACGCUGCUCAAGACGCGGCGCAAGAAUAUCCAGCCUAGGCAGGUGUAUCUCUUUUCCGACUGCAUCCUGCUCGCGAGCGCGAGUGUGCUGGGCGACGCGCCGCCGGCGGCCCGGGACGAUGCGCCGCGCGAGGAAAUCGACUGGACAACCGCGCCGCUGUCGCUCCUCGGCGGCCCGUCGCUGUACCUCACGCACAAGCUGCCGCUCGCCGACUGCACGGUCGUCGGCUACGACGAGGCGGCCGCGCCGCCGACCGGCCUGCCUAUCUCGACGAGCAUGCCGGACCUUUCGGCGAGCGUCGGGCGCGCGCCGCUCCCGCUGCGGCACCGCUUUGACGUGCACUCGCCGCAGUGCUCGUUCUCUUUGUACGCCGCGACGUCCAGUGCCAAGAGCAUGUGGAUUGCCGCGAUCCGCGAGGCGCAGGAGGAGCACAUUGCCGCCAUGCGCUCGCUCAAAAAGAGCGAGUCGCCGCCGGCGAACCGCCACUCGUCGUGCUCGUCGGGGAGCUCGGCGGCAAGCUCUGAGCCCGCGCUGAGCGUGAGCGGCUCGCCGCCGCACUCGCCCAUGUCCCGCACGGCGCACGGCGUGGCGGCGCUCCUGUCGCCCCGCCGCGAGCGCGCUCUCCCUGCCUUGGAGCACUACCAUGCUCCGGUAUGGGUCCCGGAUAGCUUCUCGGUGCGCUGCGCGCGCUGCGUCGAGCCGUUUACGCUGUGGCGCCGCAAGCACCACUGCCGCCUCUGUGGCCAGGUGUUCUGCGCCGCAUGCUCUUCCUGCUACGUCCUCCUGCCGCCGGCCGUGAGCGGCGCUCCGGAUACAAAAGCGCGGGCGUGCAUGGCGUGCUACGCCUCGACGUUCCGCGCACAGCGCGCGCCGGCCACGCCACAGACACCCAAGCUGGAGUGCUCGCCGGCACUGCCGACCACGCCGACCGCGCGGCGGCCGUCGAGCCAUGCGCUGCGCCCGGUGCUGCACGCGCUCACGCCGACGAUGCCGCCGCCCGCGCUACCUGCCCCACGCACGGAGCCCAAGACACCCAAGGCACGGCCGAAACAUGCACGACGCUGGUCGAUCGUGUCUGUGCCGCUCGCCGACCAAACGGAGCACACGCCUCCCUUCCAUGUCCAUGCAUCCACCUCUGGCACGCUCACGCUCGAGCUGCAAGAGCAACCGCCUACGACACCCACGCCGCGUUCGCAUGCCGCACAGUGGCUCCAGUCGAUGCUCAGCCCACCGACCCCGCUCCGUGCUCCGUAG